AUGGUCGCUGAUGCAAAUGCCAAGGCUUCUAGCGCAGAGGCGGACGUGCCGCCUCUGCUUGUCGACUACGCGCGAGAUUUGCCCUUCUUGCCUCAACUGGCACCCAUCAGUCGCCAUCUGCUCUCGCAGCAAAUCGAUUUGCUCGCAUCCCAAUCCGCACCUUUUGCGGGUGCGCAGAUGGAGAGUGUAGCGACGAUUCGAGGAUUCGCGAAUAAAGACGCCGGUGGAGGAGCGCAUCGGUACGAAGUGCCAUUGGCUCUGCCCAGAGCCAGCUUGGGUCGCAUGCCUUUUGGGUUUUGUGGACACUUGAUGAUGGAGCAGGCAGAAGGAGGGAUGGAUGAUGCGGCGUAUGCGGAGCUGGUGCGGGAUGUGGGCAAUGGCAAUGCGAAGAGCGCGGCGUUGAACAGGGUGCCUUGGUGGGUGCCGCGCGAAGGCUUGGAAGAGGCGCUGGAGAAGCCGGGCAGGUGGAGCUUGUGGGCUGAUGAGCAGCAAGAAGAGCAGCAGCAGCAGCAGCAGCAGCAAGAACAUCAGCAGUCAGACUCGCGCUGCACGCUCAGCCCGCUCAGCCCGCUCAGCCCGCCGUGCAGGAGCAUCGUGGUGACGCAUCACAUCAGCGAGGAUCACGUGAACAGGCAACAAGGAAGCUGCCUUCUUGCCAUUCAUGCCACCGGCGCAUGCAAAGAGGUGCGUGCGCAAGCGUGCGCAAGCGUGCGCAAACGACCGUCCCGCCCCGCCCGCCGCCUUGCACUCGUGUGACCGCAUGCCGCCAUCUUUAUCCUCUCGCGCGUCUACCCCCCACUCACACCCUUCCAUCCCUCCCUCCCUCUCCCUCUCUCUCUCUCUCGCGCGCGCACGCACGCGCACACACACACCCUCACGCACAGCUGCUCAUACCGAUGAUCGAAGCCUUCUUGGCAUCCACAACAACAAAGAUCAGCGACAUUUGGCUCGUCGAUUUCUUGUCCCACGGCGAGACGGAGAGGGCAAACGCGUGCAGAAGACGUGCUGGCGAUAUGGGCACGCAUAGUCACGACAGGAUCAGUUGAGUGGUGGGCAUGGCCAUGGGCAUGGGCAUGGCCAUGGGCGGGCGUGCACACGCGCGCGCUGACAUGGUCUUCCCCUCCUCCCUCCCUUCCCGCGCUGCAGUCGACCACAACGACUUGGCUAGAGACGUGCUGCAAUUCCUGCACGUUUUUAGACCCUCUUCGCUGCACGACUUGGCAGCAGCAGCAGCAGCAGCAACGCGCGAGAAGCGCAGCACCAGCCAGCACUUGCUGCCCGUGCGGCCCAGCUCAGCUGCAAAGCCCUCACCCAUCAUCGCCCUGGGUCACAGCGUCGCUUCCACUGCGCUGAUCCAAGCAGCUCUGCACGAUCCAGACAUGUUUCAAGCAGUCGUAGCCAUCGAGCCCAUCAUUGCUCCUUUUGCUGGCAUACAGAUGGCAAAGAGGAUACCCGUCGCAGGAUUCGCUCUAAGGCGCACCGACACGUGGCAGAGCGCAAAGCAUGCAAGGGAAAAGUGGGAGCGGAGUGAGCAAGGAAAAGGCGGCGAUGCGAUGAUCAGGGAUUGGCAUGCCCGCUGCAAGCAAAUCUUUUCCGUGAGUGGUGUAUUCUGCCUCAGGGCUGCUUUUUUGCUUGGACCCCAGCCGUACCUUUUGGCGCUCGCUAGCCAGCCAGGCGUGUCGUGACGUGACAUGCUGAAUCGCUUCUCGAACGCGCAAUGAUGACACAUUUGGCAGGUCUAUGGUCUGCGAUCCGAUGAUCCUAGCGGUGGCGUCCGUCUAGUGUGCGACAAGUAUCUCGAGGCAGUAAGUCGGUGCAGGAGGUGACGCGCUUCUUUCCUUUUCCCCUCGAUCAGCGGACACUGACUUGCUCCACCGCGCUGCUUCCUCGCGCAGUGCUCGUUGCGAUUCUCGAUUCCAGCGCUCCAGCUACCUUGCACGCUGCCUCAUCUCUCCCUGCCGCUCCUCUACCUCUCCGCCUCGCGGCCGCUCAUGUUGCCGCCGGACAUGGUGCAAGGGAUAGCGGAGCUGGCAGGCUCUCUGGUCGACUACGAGGUGGUGCAGGGUGGACACUUUGUGCCCAUCGAGCGCCCAGAAGAAGUUGGAAAGGUCAUUGGUCGAUGGACUCGGCUAAAGGGUAGUAGGGAGAAACUGUAA